UACUUCACCUCUUUUCCCCAACAUUUGCUUUCUACAAAUCAAUCCUAAAAAAAAAAGCAGUAUCUUUUGCUACAAGGUGCUAAUUAAAUCGUUAAAUAUGUACAUAUAAUCUUUUUGAUGUUGUAAAUUUCUCAUUAUAUCCUCCAAUUUGCAAUUUUUGAGCAAUUUUUAAAGAACCCCAAGAUGGGAAACUCUAUGAUAGUUGCCUGCAAGAAUGGUAAUUGGGAUUCUUCAUUGGAGGAGCUAGACUCUUAUUUUCCUGUUAAAACAGAAUGUCAAGCUGAUGUCCCCAAGACUCUUUUCAGACCGAAGGUAGGAAGAACUCUCAGUGAAAGAAGAUGGAAUGCUGCAUUCUCUCAAGAGGGUUAUUUGGAUAUAGCAGGUGUUCUUAGACGAAUCCAACGGGGGGGGAUUCAUCCAUCAAUAAAAGGGGCUGUCUGGGAGUUCUUGCUGGGUUGUUUUGAUCCCAAUAGCACAUUUGAGGAGAGAAAUGAGCUUAGACAACGGCGAAGAGAGCAGUAUGCUGCAUGGAAAUCUGAAUGCCAAAAGAUUGUACCUUUAAUUGGCAGUGGAAAAUUUACCACAAAUGCUAUAGUCACUGAUGAUGGCCAACCUAAAGAGCAUGCGAACACUUCCAGUGAUGUACAAGAUACUAACAGUGCCCUGCCAGUCAAUAAUGGCGUUUGUGACAAGAAAGUAAUUCAGUGGAAGCUUAACUUGUCCCAAAUUGGUCUGGAUGUUGUUCGCACUGAUCGUGCUCUUGUAUUUUAUGAGAAUCAAGCUAAUCAGGCAAAACUCUGGGACGUGCUUGCUGUCUAUGCAUGGAUGGAUAAAGAUAUUGGUUAUGUUCAAGGAAUGACAGACAUUUGCUCCCCAAUGGUUAUUCUACUUGAGAAUGAAGCAGAUGCAUUCUGGUGCUUCGAACGUGCAAUGCGUAGAUUGCGAGAAAAUUUCAAGUGCACCACAAAUUCGAUAGGAGUGCAAUCUCAACUAAGUACCCUUGCACAAAUUGUUAAAACUGUUGAUCCGAAGCUUCAUCAACACCUUGAGGAGUUAGAUGGUGGAGAAUAUCUAUUUGCGUUACGCAUGCUGAUGGUACUUUUCCGCAGAGAGCUCUCAUUUAUCGAUGCACUCUAUCUUUGGGAGGUGAUGUGGGCCAUGGAGUACAACCCAAAGAGAUAUUCAUUGUAUGACAACACACGGGAACAACUUCCCGAGCUAGUAUAUGAUGGUAAAGUAAAUGAUAAGCAGCUAAAGCAGUAUGGCAAAUUUGAGAGGAAAAAAGUGAGAACUGGUGCAAUAAAACAGAAUGAUGCCCUUGCCAUUUUCCUAGUUGCAAGUGUUCUUGAGACGAAGAAAAAGCAGCUAAUGAAAGAGGCAAAGGGCCUAGAUGAUGUUGUCCAGAUUGUGGGUGAGAUAACUGGGAAUUUGGAUGCAAAGAAAGCACUAAAUAAGGCUCUGAAGGUUCAUAAGAAGUACUUGAACAAGGUCAAAAGAUCCUAGUUGGAGUUGCUAUUCCUCACUGCAGCGAGCACCCCCUUUGGUCAAAGUUUUGUUGUAUUUUUUAAAAAAAAAAAAUUAUAUUUCCAUUUUUUUCUGGUGGGAGUGAUUUCUCCCUCUUUUAUUGAUGAGUGGUGUCUCUUCUUGAACUUGGUGUGCAGUUUCUCUUUCUACAAAGAAAGGAGCUUGUACAUAAUAGUUUUGAUAUGAAAUGUACAUGAUGUAUUUUUGGUGGUUGAAAUAUUUGAAUCACAUUCCUGAAUCUGAGAA